AUGGCGACAGCAUUCCUCCGCCAGCUGCCCAAAAUCCCGAUCUACGAACUCCCGGCGAAUGCAAGAUGCCCGAUUUGCGUUCAGCCGUACGAAAACGAAACCACCGACAGCGGGAGUUUCGAAAAAGCAGUCCGCCUACCCUGCAACGGUACUCAUAUUUUCGGAUCAGAAUGCCUGUCAGAAUGGCUGAGACACGGGAAAACCUGCCCUUUUUGCCGGCACGAACUAGUCUUCCCGAACGGAGACGACCGAGGAAUGGAAGGAGGAGAAGGAGAAGAAGGAGAAGGAGAAAGACUCUUCUUGACAUUCAACAUCCAACGUAACCAAGACUGGGACGAAUACUGGUACAUCACCUUCUGGAUCUUGCAUUUACAGGGAGACGAACUCAUCGAACGGAAAUGGCGGCAAUGGCAACAGGAUUGGAUCGCAGCGGCAGAGCAAUGGGACGCCGGCAGUCGAGCCCACGCCAGAGCAGCGCUCUCGAACUCGCAGCUGACGCCUCGAAAAAUCCUCGAGGAUGAUCGCCAAGUCAAAGUGACCGCGGGGGCGAUCCAAACCCUACGGUUCAGGGAAUAUCGUCUUUACCAAUAUUUCCAGCCUGAUGGAGCGGAGCGUCCGGAGUUGAAAGCUCCGCCGGGGUUCCAGCUUACUCCGGCCCAGGAGGAUGCGCUCUUUCGGGAGCUCGAGCGGAGAGAGGCCUUCCAGGUCACGGCGCUAUACAGCGGGGUCAGCAGACGCGAACAGUGGGGCAAGCUUCGCGACGUUGGCUUUGUUUGGGAUCCGGACUGGGCGAUGUUCUGGCGCAAGAAAAGCAUCGAUAAGAUCUGGAUGAUGCGGAGUGCUCGGCUGUCUUGA